AUGCACUUUGUACGGACAACCGCUAUCACGAUUCUGGCUCUAGGGCUCAGCUUCAUCUCACCAAGUCAAGCUCUGACCAGCGAGUCCGGAUUACUACCUACCUACGACUACGUGAUCGUUGGAGCUGGGGUCUCAGGUCUUACAGUAGCCAACCGCCUGUCGGAAAAUGAAAGUCUCAGUAUUCUCGUCAUCGAAGCAGGUGAAUUUGAUCAAGAUGAGGAUUACAUCCUGAUUCCCGGCUUGGCUGGGACCGGCAUCGGAUCAAAAUACGACUGGAACUUAACCUAUGUGGGAAAUCCAGACUUGGGAAACCGCAGUGUCUCCAUUCCGUUGGGCAAAGCGGUUGGAGGCUCGAGUUUGCUCAAUCGCAUGACCUUUGACCGUGGGUCGAGGGCUGAUUAUGACCGUUGGAAGACGCUGGGCAAUUCCGGCUGGGGAUGGACAGAUCUGUUUCCCUUCUUCAAAAAGAGUGAGAACUUCACUCCCCCGACUAGCGACAUCAUUGAUGAGUGGAACGUCACCUACGACCAAUCAGUCCAUGGAACCACAGGAAACGUCCAGUCCAGCUAUGCUCCCUGGAUAUGGCCAUCGACGAAGCAUUUCAUUAGUGCUGUUACUGACCUUGAGGUUCGUAUUCCCCUGGACGGUGCGAGCGGCGAUGCCCUCGGUGGAUUCUUCGUUUCGCAUAAUCAGGAUCCGGUCACUGCUACUCGGAGCGAUGCCCGUAGGGCGUAUUGGGACCCAGCAUCCGGGAGGCCAAACCUUCAAUUGGUCACUGGUCGGAAGGUCACAAAGCUGCUAAAUCGACAGACUGCUCGUGGAGUGCAGAUCACAGGAGUCGAGUUUGCGCCAUCUCCUUACGCUCAACGGAGUAUCGUCCAUGCCCGCAAGGAGGUAAUUCUUGCUGCCGGAGCUAUCCACUCACCCCAACUGCUCCAGCUCUCUGGUAUAGGUGACCCGGCACUCCUCGCGAGGCACAACAUCUCCACCGUCUCCAAUGUCCCAGGCGUCGGCCGUAACUUCCAGGACCAUCUUUACGUUCCGGUGGUCUUUUCAUUCGACUUCCCCCUGACAGCCACUAACCUCACCACGAACAGCACAUUCGCGGCCGAAUCCCUGGCUCUAUAUCACACUGACCAGACGGGCCCGUACGCAGACGCAACGGGAGAUUUUCUUGCCUUCCUGCCUACAGCAAAUUUCACAUCUCAAACGAGCGCUAUACAGCAGCUCGCCCAAUCCCAACAUACCACAUUGUAUCUCGACCCCGAUACCCCGGCUACGCUAGCACGCGGCUACGCCUCCCAACAUGAGCUCCUCACCACCGGCCUCGCCGCUGAAAAUGAAGCCCAGCUCGAAAUCAUCUGGUCAGACGGCACCUUCAUCCUAGGCCUGCAGCACCCCUUCUCGCGCGGCAGCGUGCGUCUCGCAUCAUCCGACCCCUUCACGCCGCCCCUCGCAGACCCAGCAUACCUGCGAAAUCCCGUCGACGUGGCUAUCCUAGUCGAGGCAAUCAAGUACGCGCGAUCUCUGGCCCAAACGCCCUCUUUAGCUGCGUUCAACCCUGUCGAACUCGUACCCGGUGGCAACGUUACCUCUGACUCGGAUUUGGAGGCGUAUAUUCGUGGCGCAGCGGAUUCUCUUUUCCAUCCGUCUGGGACUUGCUCGGUGGGGAGGGUUGAACUUGGCGGCGUUGUUGAUACGGAUUUUAGGGUGCAUGGCGUCAGCGGCCUGAGGGUGGUGGAUGCGAGUGUUUUCCCCUUGUUGCCGGCGACGCAUAUUCAGAGCUCGGUUUAUGCGGUUGCUGAGAAGGCUGCGGUGGCAAUCUUGUCUUCUUAA